UCUGUCAGACUCCUCCUCUUCUUUUACAUACACGGAAACACACGAGAAUAAACUCUGUCAGGACUUUACACAUCUUUCAGUUCUUUCUUCUCUUUAUCUUCAUUCUUCACAACAAUAAUGAUCAACUCCUAUUUCUUCUGUUUGCCUACAGUCUUAUUUUAUAUCGGCUUCAUCAGCACAGAGUAUGUUCCAGUCCCUGACAAUGUAAGAGUUUCAUCAUUAGAUUUGGGAUUACAGCUGACAUGGGAUCCACCAAAAAACAUCAAUGAUAAACUCUUCAAAUAUACAGCUGAACUGAGAGACUGGAAAGGUGUUUUUGAUGCAGUGUGUAUCAACACCUCUUCAUUAAGCUGUGAUUUCACUGACAAUGUCACCGCUUUUGGAAUAUAUCAACUUCGUGUCCGAGCGGAGCUCAAUAGAGAGACGUCUGAAUGGGUGGAGACUGGGGAGUUAAAAUUAGACGAAAUAACUGAAAUUAGUGCUCCUCGUGUGGAGUUGAAAAGCAGAAAGGGUAAAAUAGAAGUUAAUAUCACCGAUCCUCCCAUGAGAAAGAGUCACCUGAGGGGUGUGUACAAUAAAGUGUCUUAUCUCGUACAUUAUUGGAAAGAAGGAGAAGUGACAAAGGAAGAAAGACCAGAAGAACAGAACCGAUUUAUGUUAUCGGAAUUGGAUCCUCAGGUGAACUAUUGUGUCCAGGUAGCAGUUGUGUUUUUGGACAAUAAAUCCAGCCACUCCAGUAAUGUGACCUGUAUAUACAACACAUACAGUGAUGAGGUGGAGCAGUGGUUUAUAGCAGUGGUAUUGUUGGUGAGUUUUGGGGUGGUGUUUAUCGGUGUAGUCCUGGUCUUUCUGGCUGUAUGGUACACUUAUAAAGUUUGCAGAAUGAUGCACCCUGAUGUCAAACUGCCUGAGCACCUUAAACAGGUAAGGUACUAUAACAAGAACAAAAAUAGAGAACGAGCAGGGUAGAUCAGGUUAAACUGU